AAGAGGUCUGCUUAGGUCACACUGCAAGAGGGGGAAAAUUCUCUCCCAAUAUUCAUCGUUCCGUCGUUCUCUUCACUCCAUCGUCGACACCGGUGCCGUUUCUUUUCCGUUCGAUUCUUUAAGGUGUGAUAUUGUUUCGUGCGCAUAUUCAUAUUCAGUUCCAAUGACUAAGAGACAGAAGAAAGGAGAACGAAAUGGAAGAGGAAAACGGCAUAAAUCUUCACCGUUGGAUUUAUCUGCUGGAAGUGUUGUGUUCCGUUUGCUAUGUCCUGUGACUAGAAUUGGUAGUGUUAUUGGUAAAGGUGGUUCUAUUAUAUCACAAAUUCGCGCUGAAACUGGUGUGAAGGUUAAGAUUGAAGAACCUGUCCCUGGUUGCGACGAAAGAGUUAUAGCCUUUUUAGGUUCUGAUAAUAAAGAGAGUGAAGAAGGUAGUGCUGAGCAGGCAAAGGAGGUUAAUAAUGAUGAGAAUGAAAGUAAGGUGAAUGACGAUGAGGGAAAAGAUCGCGGUGGUGAUGAUAAUGAAGAUAAGGAUUCUGUUCCCGUUGAAGAUUCACAGAGUGAGAAGGGGAAUUCAACUAUUCUUAAGGCUGUUACCCUAGUUUUUGAGAGGAUGGCUGAAGGAAUAGAGGAUAUAGGUGAAGGUGACCAUGAGAGUAAUAAAGCUUCUUUCACUGUUUUAAGGCUACUUGUUCUUUCGAAUCAAGUUGGGUGCAUUUUGGGAAAAGGUGGCAGCGUAAUAAAGAGGAUGUCGUCUGAUAGUGGGGCACAGAUUCGGAUCCUUCCUAAAGACGAAAUUCCCAUGUGUGCCUCGGUUUCUGACGAGUUAGUUCAGAUCACAGGAGGAGUAGAAGUUGUCAGGAAAGCUCUUCAAUCUGUUUUUCAGCAGCUUGUGGAAAAUCCACCCCGUGAGCAUGAAUCUCUGCCUACCAAUCUUACUGGGCCGUCAUCUCAUUCAUUUGGUCAAUUCCCAUCAAAUAAACGUAGCUUCGCUGGUCAAGGAGCGCCUUUUGCAUCUGGGCCUAAUGAUAUACCUGUUUUUCAUUCUGCUCCUCCUAUGAUUCCCAAAUUUCACGAAGGGGCCAUGCAUGGUCGCAUGAGGCCCUCACUUGAAAUUCUUACUUUUCGCUUAUUGUGCCCUUCAGAAAAGGUCGGAAAUUUAAUUGGCAAAGGUGGAGCAAUCAUAAAGACUAUGCAACAAGAGACGGCCAGUGAAAUCAAGGUUAUAGAAGCCAUUCCGGGUUCAGAGGACUGCAUUGUCAUCAUAUCUGGUCCAGCGCACCCAGAUGAUAGAAUAUCUCCUGUGCAAGAGGCUGUAUUUCGUGUGCAGAAUAGAAUAUCCAGGGCUAUACCUGAUGCCAAAGAGCACAGUAUGUUAGCAAGGGUUAUUGUUUCUUCCAGUCAAAUAGGUUGUCUCUUUGGGAAGGGUGGUUCCAUCAUAGCUGAAAUGAGGAAGUUAUCAGGAGCCCAUAUUCGUAUGUUGGGUAAGGAUAAGGGUCCUAAGUGUGUUUCAGAAGAUGAAGAAGUAAUUCAGGUAAGUGGCGAAAUUGAGGCAGUGCAUGAUGCUCUUUUGCAUAUAACCACAAGAUUAAGACAUCAUUUCUUUCGCGAUGCAUUUCCAUCUGUCAAUUUUCCUUCAAACUCUGCAUUUCUGGAUCAACAUUCUCCAUUCCCUCCUUAUUUGGGAAGGCGGGGACAUUCACCUCCCGGAAUGUAUUCUGACCUAGGUCCUCCACAUCCACAUCCACAUGCUAGUUUUCCCCUUGAUGAUCACCCUCCUUUUAUGAAUAAUAUAUAUAGACAAGGCCUUCCUCCUCACAUAUCUGAAAGGAAGCCAUGGGGCCCUAAGGGGAUACAUGAAGGGCACAUGGGCUUGCCCGAAUUUGCUGGAGGUCAUCGCAGAAUUUCUGGAUUUGCAGGAGGGAGCCAACCGAUUAUCACAAGUACCACUGUUGAAGUUGUUGUUCCUCGAGCCCUGGUGCCUGUAAUAUAUGGGGAAGAUGGUGAAUGCUUGAAACAAAUACUCCAGAUCUCUGAUGCAAAUGUUACUAUUACUGAUCCAAAACCUGGAGCUGUGGAAACUAAAAUUAUUAUAUCUGGAACCCCAGAGCAAACUAAUGCUGCACAAAGUCUUAUACAGGCAUUUGUCAUGAGUGAGAGGGAGUCUGGUUGAUCUAUCCAAUUGGGUAAUACACUUGAAUCAUUUGUUUUUUAAGUCUGGCAGAUGUAAUUGAACUCAGUUUUGGCUUAAUAUUAUUUCUGUGUUAUAAUUUUUAGUAGGAAUGUGGUAUAAAUUGUAAAAUAUUGACUUAUAAAAUUAUGACUAUGCACCGGCUUUCUUUUUAUGUGCA